UGCUCUCUCGAGCGGACUGGACUCCUCUGCUCACGAUGGCCGACGUCGAGAAAGGCUACGACCUCCAAAAUUCGCCCAAGCGAGGAGCCAAGGAAGGCGCCGAUGAGCAGACUCCGCUGUCUCACCCGCCAAUCUGGCUGCUGCUCGCGGUUUCCAUGCCGCGAAUGGCUAUCAACAUGGCGUGGUCGGCUCAGUGGGCGGCUCUCGGUCCCUAUCUGUCGACAAUGCUGCCCAACUUUGCAGUCCAAGUCACUCAGUUCAUCGGUCCAAUUGUCGGUGUGCUGGUCGGCCCCAGUAUCGGCGUUCUCAGUGACCGCAGCACCGCCAAGUUCGGUCGACGACGUCCGUUCCUUAUCGUCGCAGGCAUUCUAAGUAUCAUUUGUUGGAUUGCCAUGAGCUACACGCGCGAUAUGGGCGAAGCUCUUGGUGACCACGGUGACGGUACUGAUGGCCAACCAACCGAUCGCACAUGGACGUCGAUCCUCACCGUGUUUUUCUACCUGUGGAUGGACAUCACCGUCAACGUCGUGCAAACUCCAGCCAUGCUUCUAGUGGCUGACUUUGCCGGUGAUCGUCAGACCACGGGAGCUGCUCUGGGUCAGGCGUGGUCAACUUUGGGCUCGAUCCUCGUCGCCGGCUACAUCGAGUUCUUCGGAGCCGCCCACAAGACACUUCACGAAUUUAUGUGGAUGCUGUCGGCUACGAUGUUCAUUUGCAUCAGCGUUGCAGUCCUUUUCGGAAAGGAGACCCCACUGGACCCUAGUAAAGUCGAUGCUGUGUCCACUUGGAAGCGUAUCGGUCACGCCUUCGCGUCCGUAUACCACGGUAUUCGCACGCUUCCUGGUGUACUAGCCAUCUACGGCGUUUGCUUCUUCUUCGUCCAAUACGGCUACACAGCAUACAAUGGAAACAAGGGGCAAUUCUUUGGCCUCGAGGUGUACGAUGGCUCGGCUGAAAACGCCGACACUUGUGACCCGUGCACCCCCGAACAGGAUGCCUACAACGACGGUGUCAGUAUUGCCGGUGGCCGUGCCGAUCUGCUGUUCAACAUCGUUGGCUACAUUUACUCGUGGACGCUGCCGUAUCUGGUGCACAAGUUUGGUGUAAAGUGGGUUCUGACGUUCUCGACCAUCCCGCAGAUGUUCCUGAUGGUCAUGGCAUGGACGAGCAACGUGACGUUCAACGUCUUUAUCGUUGCCAUCACUAGCAUCACCCAAGCCGUGUGGUUCGCUCUCAUUGUGCCGGUGAUCAUCCACGUCUUCGGUGAGGACGAGGAGAUCGGUAUCUAUGUUGGUGCUCUCAACUCGGCCAACUGCUUUGGUCAACUGCUGAACUUUGCCAUUGGUUCAGGACUUGUUGAAACUUCGCUGGGCUACAAACUUCCAGUGUUCCUUGGAGGCAUCAUGAGCGCCCUCGGCUUUAUUACUGCCUUGCUAUUCUUCAAGAUGAAGAUGUAUUCCAUGUAAAGCGGUGCUUGAUUGCACCGAACCUGCAGAUUGCGGUACUCUGCUCGUCCAUCUCUUUCGUUUCUAGGACUUUCAAACGUUCAGCAACCAGUGAACAUAUAAAAUUAUUUGCUAUUGCUUCCACAUG